AUGUCGUGCGUAAUCGUUGAAACUACCCCAUUUCAGCAGAGCGAUCACAACUACACCGUUGACUACAAAGCUGAAACUUUCACAUCCCCGGGCAUUAGUUUCGCGAACAACACACUCGCUUGCGCCAAUAAUCUAGUAGCCGAGCUGUAUGCAGAUCGCCAACUUUGCAAUGCCUUUGACCGACCUAUCAUCUUCAUCUGUCACGGGUUUGGAGGACUUCUAACAAAACGGGCCCUGGCAUUUUCUAGUUCACGAGAGGGUAAAUUUGUCGAGCAUCUGCAGUCCAUAUACACUUUUACAUAUGAGAUCAUAUUCUUGGGAACUCCUCAAAAUGGUUUCAAUGACGAAGCCUUGCUACUCAUACGAAAGGGAUCAGAAAUGCUGAAGGAGAUCGAUGACCAAUUCGCGCCAUUAAUGAAAAGCUUCUCAAUUUACAACUUCUGGGAAGAACUCAAAAUGAACGGUGGAUCCAGAAUGGCCUUUAUCAUUGAUGCGGAUUCAGCUGCUCCGCUGGCAUGGGAUAACGUUAAAAAGUACAGCAUCACAGCAACACAUUCCGCAUUGGCCAAAUUCGCCAGCACCUAUGACCGCAGGUUCCAGCCAAUUCUUGAGGCAUUAUCUCGUUACAUACGAGAAGCACCCAAAUUGAUCGCAUCGAGGUGGAAAGUGAAUGUGCAACUCAUAGAUCAGAAACGGCAGCACCCAGUCGAAGAAUUGCUACGUCCUCAGGGCCAAUUAUCCCAAAUAGAUACAACUAUUCCCAAAUUCAAUGAAUGGUGCUUUAUUCCGCGAAAACUGAGCCCGUGUUUCACUGGUAGACAGAAAUACGUCAGGAAUGUAAAGAAUAUGAUAGGCACCAUCAGACAGAAUAAGAGUUACACUCCGCCAGAUGUAUACUGGGCAAUAUUAUGGGUUGGUGCUAGUAGUCAGGGAAAUGUUGAGUCAAGAUUUGCUUCCAUUGGCGCCCAAUUAGGACGAAGAUCAACGAUGACUUCGGCCAUCCAUUGGCUAUCACACUGCAAAAGACCAUGGCUUCUAAUAAUGGACAAUGCAGAUGACUUGAAGAUGGAUAUCUCCGCUUGUUAUCCAAGUGAAGGUAACGGACAUGUCAUUGUAACCACCCGCAACCCCAAUGCCAUCGAGUAUACUACUACUGGGCAUCUCCAUUUUCAAGGUCUGGAACCUGAAGAAGCCAUAAGUCUGCUCCUCAAAGCCGCUUCUUCUGAUCCAAAACAACGAUCCCAGCCCGUGGGUUCUAAGAAACGGGAUCUCGCAAAGGGAACUGCAAUAGAGUUGGGUUGUUUGCCCCUCGCAAUUGCUCAUUCUGGUGCAACGAUUCGCCGGAACAUUUACACUUUGAAACGCUAUCUGAAGUAUUACCUAUUGCAACGCAAGUCUGCACUGAGUCACUCACGGUCGAAAAGCGUGGAAGAAAUUAACACCAUUAAAUCAUGGGAGGACUUUCAAUGUACAAAAGGUACAGCCACUCACCACCCAGACAUCUUACAGCCAAUCUGGAAUGAAGGGGUACAAACGCGAUUUCGACGAGCAAUCAGCGUCUUGUGUGAUCAUUCAAUCAUCGAGUAUGACAAGGGCCUAUGUACCAUGCACCCGGUAGUUCACAACUGGGCAAGAGAUAGGCCCAGCAGUCUAGAACAAAUACGGUGGUUGAGAUGUAAAAUGACAAUCCUAGCUCACUGUAUCUCACAAAGCUUGGAAGCUUCUGGAAGGCAAUUCCGAGCACUGCUUCUGCCGCACAUUCGUUGGUGUCUGCAAUUACACAGCUCGGAGCAACUGCACAAAACCGAGACGUUAGAAAGUGCAUCGCAAAUGGAGAGAUUUGCUUGGGAGAGUGUGAUUCGGAUCCGGCAAGGGCUGCUGGGAAAACACCAUGUCGACACGAUCCACGCCCAGCGCAGCUACGGGCUCACUCUGUGGAAUCUCUUUGAAAUCAGAACCACUCUUGAUGUCCAGAAAUGCAUCCUGAAUGCAUUGCACUGGAGCCGCCCGCACAUUCGGGACUGGACAACUUGGCCAACAUGGAAACCAAUCCACGUACCAUACUGCCUCGCUCUAAACGACAUCACGCUCACCCUAUGGCUAGCUGGGAAGAGGCACAUGUCCCGGGUGACUGGUGAGCGAGCAGUUGACGGAUUAACAAAGCACCUUGGGCCCAAAGAUCCCCAAACUCUCAGCGCCAUGUUCAAUCCCGCUCGAACCUACUUCCACCUCGGUGAAGAACACGCAUACACCCUCUGGUCCAUAAACGGCCUCUCAAAAGUCCACUCUGCACUAGGACAACCGGAAAAAGCUGUAAGCACCUUAGAAGCCAUUCUCCCCGUCAUGAAAAGGAUACUAGGCGAAUCUCACGUCGGCACCGCAAUGACGCAGUCGAAUCUCGGCAAAGCGUACUUCGAGUCUGGACGAUGGAAAGACGCUGAAACCCUGGUUCGCCAGUUACUCGCGACGAUACCGUCGCAGCACCCCGGCUGGAUUCACAACAUGUACGGCUACGCGCGUGUCAAGUUCAAGAUUGGAAGAUGGGGGAGGCGGAGAAGUGCUGUCUUGAAAUUCUGGAGCAGGCGGCAAGGGAACGGGAUUUUGAGAGGGGUAGACUGGAGGUGGCGGAUACGGCGCGGUUGUUGA